UGUUUAUCAUGGUAAUAAAGCCUACCAAGUUUUAUAGAAAUCAGUUUAAAAAUGUACAAUAGAAUCAAAUACUGAAAUAAACAAAAGGCAAUAACUUCUGGAAAAAUAGUUGGAUCAAAAUGCCUCUCCAGCUCAGAAAAACACAGCUAUCAUUAUUGAAAAGCCCCCACAGCGAAUACCCCAUUCACCUUCUGAUGUAGCUCAAAAACCAGAGUGAGAUGCUAAGGGUUCUCUCUCAAUUCAGUUAGAAACUGGUGAGUGAUGGGAAGACUCUUGACAACCAAGUUUUGGAUAGGACCUGUAUGGAAGGUUUGUCCCUCUGAUGGUUGGUGACAGCAGUAUCAGACAGCCUUUUGACAGCCAGAGUUUGGGACAAACAUGGGGGUUAUGGUUAAGGUUCAGGCCCAGAGAUACUCUGGUUUCUAAAAAUUUGGCAUGGAGUGAAACUCUGGAGGUAAUAAAUGGUCUUGCUGGUUCCCAGGGGGUGUUUUUGAUGCCACUACUGAUUGUUUAGUGAAUGGGUGCCCGUGGUUGGCUGGGGCUAGUUUAUACUGGCAUUUGUUAUACGAGACAUUGAGGUGGUGCAUUGUUGCUCAACUGGUCUUUAGGUUGACACUUAGAACGUGUCUGUAGAAUAUGUGCCAGUGACACCAGGUGGCAUUGGUGUGGAUGUGUCACCUUACAUGGGAAUGGUUGCUACUGCAACAUAUAUGGUGGAAAGGAUGACAUAGACCAAAGCAAAUGUACAUCAGAGAAUCUUGAUGACCGUUUAGCGAUUUGGUGGACGCCAUGACGACUGUGGAAGUUACUACCACAGCCACCUCCAAUGAGCCACGUCUCUUGUCGCUGAGGGUUACACCAGAACAGGAGAUCGCUAUUUAUGCUUUCUUCCAAAUCAAUGGAUGGACCAUCAUCACAGAAGAGGUUCCACGAAAUUGUGAGACAUGUCAAAGAUCAAUAAAUGGUGAUGGAACAGACCCCCCACGUUGUCAGAUGUGUCAGCGUGUACUUGAUAACAAUGAGGAGGUAGUGGAAGGGACAGACCCUCAGACCUCCCUCGUUCAGCCCACCAUCAUCCAGUACCAACAGCAGGGAGGUCGUAAGGUUGUAGUUGUUGGUAACACAAUGACAAUGGCUCCUCAGACAACAAAGGCGACAACCAUUGUCAAACAACAGGGUCAAAACCCUGUACAUGUCAGUAUGAUUUCAAACAAAGGAGAGGGGAAACCCCUACAGAUUAACGUGGUCCCUCAAACCGACAAAGUGGUCGACCCCCAGCCCAAGAUCUACAACAUUAACAACAGUGCGGACAACCGCCCAUACCGGUGUGACGACUGUGGUAAGCAUUUCCGGAAGAAGUCUCAUGUAGUGGCGCAUAUGAAGUUUCACAGCGGCGAGGCUCUGCCCAAGUGUGACGUUUGUGGUAAGGAAUUCCUAUACAAACAUAAUUUGAUAUCCCACGCCAGCAUACACUCUGGGGCCAGGCCCUUUCAGUGUGAAGUGUGUCCAAAGAAUUUCCGUCGAAAGGAUGACCUACAAGUACACAUGAGGACCCACACAGGAGAGAGGCCAUAUAAAUGUGACAUUUGUGGUAAAUGUUUCACCACACAGAACCAGCUCCCGAAACAUCGCCGCACACACACUGGCGAAAAACCAUACGAAUGUUCGCAAUGUCAGAAAUGUUUCCGCACCAAGCCUCAUCUGGAGAAGCACAUGCGAACACACAGUGGAGAGCGUCCUUAUAAAUGUGAAGAGUGUGGUCGUGCUUUCACACAAAAUGCUCACUUGAUGGCGCAUCUCAGGAUACACUCGGGGGAGAAACCAUUUGAGUGUGAUGUCUGCAACAAGAGCUUCAAGGAGGCCAAGACACUAAGGAAACACAAGGACAUCCACAUCAAAGGAAUGCCAUACAUCUGUAAGAUCUGCGACAAAGGAUUUUUACGGGCCCAGAACCUGGAGGUGCACAUGUGUGUACAUUCAGAGGAUGAACCCAAGUACAAACGAAAGCUUAGAGAGAAGCGCGAGUUGAUGGAACGCCUGAGGAAAGAACAACAGGAAGAAGAGGAGGCACUGGAGAAGAGUAUGACAGCCGAGGAGAUAGAGCAGUCCUCCAGUGGUGUGGUUAUUGUCGAUGAGAACGGACAGACCAUUCGUGUGAUCGAAAAUGGCGACAUGGCAACGACCGAGGUGACUCAGGGUGACAAGGAGACUGGUCAGGAAAAUAUCUCUAAUUCCAUCGCCAACAGUCUGCUGACUCUGGUAGAGAUGAUCACUAAUGCUGACCAGGGUAGCAACACGUCGGUAACUGUACCAUCCAACGAAAAAGUCAUGGAGCUCAAGAGUCAAGAAACUGUGGAGAUAUCAGAAGUGGAGGAAACAUAUCAGCAGGUUGAAACCAUUGAGCAGAGUGCCACUCCGAACAAUGUGGAAAGUUCACAAGGCAAAAUAAUAAUCGCUACCUCUGAAAGUGAUCAGGCUUCUAACAUUGAUAACAUUCAACAGGCAGUCUCCAGUAACUCGGACAACAUUGUGGAGAUUACGGAGGAAGAACAACCUACUAUUAUAGGAAAUCUACAGCAUGUAGUCCCAGGACUACGUAUAGGAGGGGGCGAGGACAGUAGCAUUGAGAUGAUUGCCACCUCACAGGUGGCAUUACAGGAAGGUAUGGUGAUCACCGAGGUCUCACAGGACGGAACAACAGAACAGAUCGUGGAACAUCUACCUCAGCAGUUCUCUGUGGAUGGGGAGACAUUCGUCAUGGAGGUCCAGUAUGUGGACGAUGCUGAGACUGUACAAGAGUGAAUGCUGUAACGGUAUUUCUAAUUGAUAGAAAUAUUUGUCAUUUUUACAUUUUAUUUGAGGUUUAGUUGUGGACAGAUAUAUAUGAGAAAACACCUUCAGCUGUUAUAUGUACGCAAGGCUUGGUCUUGGCUCAUACUUCUGAAAUCCAUGUUUGUCCUUUCUGAAGACGUCAUAAUUAUAAAAUAUGAGUUUUGUCGUAAUGUCAAGUUAUCUAUAUAUGGUCGUUACAAUAGACUGGUUAACGUUGCUGUUUACACUUCUUAGUGUUUUUGUGGAAGAAAAAAAAUCUUGACCGAAUACUGAUCACAUUCAGAUAAGUCAGAAGAAAAAAAAAGAUAAUCAGCUUUUUGACAUGCAUGGUACAGUGAGUAAAUUUUUACUGAUGAUGUUGGAAUAUGUUUGUAUAUAUUUUGUAAUUGGUCAUUCAAUUAAAUGUAGUCCCAUUGAACAAUAUCAUAUGUGGAUUUCAAGGUUAAAAGGUCUCCCAAAGUAACCAGAGUUAUAUCAAAUUCCUGCAGUAUUUUAGGAAAAUCAAAAUCCUGCAGUAUUUUAGGAAAAUUUCAUGGUAAGCAUGUUCAACUUCAUAUACUGUGUUGAGGUUGUAGACUUUGAAAGUUAUAUACACAAUUCCUGGGAGUUAGUUUUUUGCAUUGUUGAUCCUAUCAUAACCAUUGUUAAAUUAAAGAUGAUGCAUAGUUACAUUCAUUAGUCGUACAGUAACAUUCCAUUAAGAUGAUCGUCAUUACAAUGAACUACACAGUCGAACCCCUAUCUUACAUGUAUACAGUAUAUACCUGCUUGUACAUUUC